AUGAGAGUUCCAGCCAGUGCGGCUGCAGUUUCCUGUAUUUGUCCUCUGGUGGCCUUCCUAUGUGUUGUCUCCCAGAGUUGUUAUGGGACCCGGGUCAAUCUGAGCCCUCACUCUAACCCCAACCUGUACCCAAACCAGAGACUGAAGUCAGUACCUGAACCAACCCCAAUUCCAAGCAAAACUGCUAAGAAACACAAGACUGCUCUGAUGCCCAGCCAACUCUUGAACACUGCCAAAAAUGUCCGGAGCAAGUUUCAGGUAAAGCCAAGACUUGAUACUAUGUUCUAUCUCACAGACACCCACAUGUCUAACACACCCAAAUUUCCAUCAGCAAUCUCUCAGGCUGCAUCAAGCUCAAACACUAGACUCAAACACAGUUCUGAUUCAAGGCAAGGGUUGCCAUACAAAUCAGCAUCUCAGCAGUUGACAAGACACACCUUGAACAAUACCAAGCAAGUUUCAAAAAUCAACUCCAAAACUGUACCAAAACCAAGGCUUGGAUCUUUGUUGCAGCCCAAGCCCAAGGCAGGUCCCAACUCCAAGGUAGUGACUGGGCCUAAGACCAAUCCUGAGUCAGACCCCAGCACCAAAUUAUCUUCAAUUUUCAGUCCUAAUCAAAGGUCCAACACAUCUGCUAUGAUGAGCCCAAGCACCUCCUACAAUGCCAGCCCAGCUUCGCUAUCCAAUUCCAAAGUCAGACCUUCUUCACAAACAAAUACAAAAUUGGACGCCAAGAGCACCCCCUCAAUCUCCAGAACAGCCACCAGAGCACAAAGGAACCAAACCAAGUUGUUGGACACAGACAAGGAUUCUCACCAUCGGCCCAAGAGAGGCUGGAUCUGGAACCAGUUCUUUGUUUUAGAGGGAAAUAUUGGACCUGAGCCUCAGUAUGUCGGAAAGCUCCACUCCAACUCUGACAAGGGUGAUGGCUCUGUGCGAUACAUCUUGUCCGGUGAGGGGGCCGGGUCCGUCUUUAUCAUUAAUGAGACAACGGGUGACAUCCACGCUGCCAAGAGCCUGGACCGCGAGAGGAAGUCCCAGUAUGUCCUACAUGCAAGGGCCAUCGAUCGGCAGUCAAACCGCUCAGUGGAGGCAGAGUCAGAGUUCAUCAUCAAGGUCCAGGAUGUCAAUGACAAUGCUCCAACAUUCCCUGAUGGACCGUUCUCAGCCACUGUGCCUGAGAUGUCUGACGUUGGGACAUCCAUCUUCCAGGUGACAGCCUUGGACGCAGAUGACCCCACCUACGGGAACAGCGCCAAGAUAGUUUAUAGCAUCCUGGAGGGACAGCCCUACUUUUCUGUCGAUCCCAAGACAGGUAUCAUCCGAACAGCAAUGUCCAACAUGGACCGAGAGACAAGGGAUCACUACGGUCUGGUGAUCCAGGCCAAAGACAUGGCGGGCUCUGUUGGAGGACUGUCUGGAUCCACUAUGGUCAACAUAACCCUCACUGACGUCAACGACAACUCCCCAAAGUUUCCACAGAAGAGUUACCAGAUGUAUGUACCAGAGCUGGCUCCAGUUGGGAAGACAGUGGGCCGGAUCAGAGCCAACGAUGAGGACGAAGGGCAGAAUGCGGAGAUGACCUACAGCAUCACAAAUGCAGACGCAGCCUCCAUCUUCUCCAUCACCACUGAUGCUGGAGGCAGAGAGGGAAUCAUUAAUCUCAAGCAGCCUCUGAACUAUGAGAAGAGAAAAGUGCACACACUAAACAUCGAAGGCUCCAACACACACCCAGACUCCCGCUUCUCCCACUUGGGACCAUUUAAGGAUUCCACAUCGCUGCGGGUCAUUGUGGGGGAUGUGGAUGAGCCUCCUGUCUUCUCCAUGGAUUACUACAUUAUGGAUGUGUACGAAAACUCACCCGCUGGCACCCAUGUCGGCACCGUAACUGCUGUGGACCCGGACAGCACCAACAGCGCUGUCAGGUACUUCAUAGACAAUGAAGAGGACAGACCUUUGUUUUUCACCAUAGGGGUGAACAGCGGCAUUAUCAGGACUACUGGGGUUCUGGACCGGGAAGAAAGGGCAUGGCAUAACAUCACGGUGAUGGCUGCAGAAGUCGAUAACCCACGUAUGGUGAGUCAUGUCCCCGUCACAAUCCAGGUCCUGGAUGUCAAUGACAACGUUCCAUCCAUCUCUGGAGGCAACAAUGCCGUCAUAGUGUGUACGAGCACCAAGAAUGGACAGGUGAUUCAAACCAUCCGAGCAACAGAUCUGGACAACUUUGCAAAUGGAAAGUUCUCCUUCUAUGUGCCUGCUGAGCAUCAAGUUGAUGCAAAUAACACUGCCAGUAUAGUUUCUCGUCGGCGGGAAGGUUUCAGCCAGGACAGAGACCGGGAGUUCUUCAGCCUGCUGGUGGUGGUGGCCGAUGGCGGCGAGCCUCCUCUAAGCAGCACCACUACACUCUCCCUCAGGGUGUGUGUUUGUCAGGCGAACACCAAGGGUCGCAACAGCAACAACAUCUGUCAGGCUCAGGCCUUCCUGUCCUCAGCUGGUCUCAGCACCGGGGCCUUUGUUGCCAUACUGCUGUGUAUCGUCAUAUUAUUAGCCAUAGUGAUUCUGUUCACACAACUGCGAAAUAAAAAGGCGAGCAAAGAACCCUUGAUUCUGUCUGAAGAGGACAUCAGAGAAAAUGUGGUGACCUAUGACGACGAAGGAGGCGGGGAGGAGGACACCGAGGCUUUUGACAUUGCUGCCCUUCGAAAUCCCAAAGUCUCCGAGCCUCACAGGAAGUUCCACGCCUACCUCGGCCACAGACCGAGCCUAUGCAGAGAGGACGACGAGGUCGAGGAUGAUGAGGAGGGGUCUGUGGUGGUGAGGAGGAGGAAAGCUCAGCAGGUAGAUUAUGGGAAGUACAGCCCAGAGUCAGAACCUGCCUGGUUUAUCAUUGACUGCAUUCCUCGAGAGCUCAGCCAAUCAGCGCCUUCGCUUCUGCUGGAUGGUCACGACAUAAUUCAGCAGAUCCUCCAGCAAAAGGUGGCUGAAGCGGACUGUGACACUCGGGGCCCACCGUAUGAUUCGCUUCAGACAUACGCCUAUGAAGGCCUUGGCUCCUUGGCCGGGUCAGUCAGCUCAUUGGGCCUGACAGCGGGAGUGCCCGAAUUAAACUAUGCUGACUUUGAGGACUGGCACCCAGAGAGGGAAACACAGGAACAAAUAGUAGGAGAAUAG